AUGUGCAAAAUCUCGUCAAAAUCUGUCAAGUGGCUUCCAAGCAAGAAGUGCCUCGACAAAAAGUUAUGGGAGCGGUCAUGGAAAAUCCAGGCCAGUCCCACCAGGUGGAUCACGAAACAGUUUGGAAUCGACAAUUCGACCGUAUCCCAAACGACCCAGCGGCGAGCUGGCAGCGGUAGAAAAACGAAGACGACCGACCCCGUGAACGCAAGGAAGGUGAGGGAUUACUUCAAACGCAAUCCGAACCUUUCGAUUCGGGACGUGGCCAAGAAGGUCAAUUCUUCCGUCUGGUUCGUUCAGCAGACAAUGAAGCGGGCCGGACUUCAUGUCUGGAAGGUAAGAAAGGCGUUUAGCGGAACCGAUAAACAGAAUACGGUGGCUAAAGCCAGGAAGUCAACCAGUGGAAACUAA